AGGUCCAAAGAUGAUAAACCAUAAAAAUUGCUUCCUUGCAAUUUUUGCUGUUGUACUUCUACAGGUGAUCGACCAAACAGAGAGUCAUGGUAGACUCAUGGACCCCCCAGCAAGGAACAGUAUGUGGAGGUUUGGUUUCCCAACACCUGUCAACUAUAACGACAAUGAGCUCUACUGCGGAGGAUACUCAGUGCAGUGGGAACAGAAUAAAGGUAACUGUGGUGUUUGUGGUGAUGCUUACAAUCUGGAAACACCGAGGCCUCAUGAAGCAGGAGGACAAUUUGCGAAGGGUGUUAUUGGAAGGAGGUAUAGCGUUGGUCAGGAGAUAGAUGUGGAAGUGGAACUAACAGCCAACCAUUGGGGAAGGUUUGAAAUGUUUAUCUGUCCGAACAACAAUCCUAAAUAUGAAGCUACACAGAGCUGUUUAGACAGAUUUCCUUUGUUUAUAUCUGGUACAAGAGAUGUAAGAUUUCUGAUUCCUGAAGAGACAAAGAAAAAAGCUAUAUUUCGCUACAAAGUCAGACUCCCACCAUACUUAACUUGUUCUCAGUGUGUUCUUCAGUGGACUUACUAUACAGGCAACAUGUGGGGUACCUGUGAAAAUGGAACAGAAGCAGUUGGUUGCGGUAAGGCAGAAACAUUCAGGAACUGUGCAGACAUUUCUAUAGUCACCAGUACAAGUGGUCUUCCACCUCUUUUCAUUGAUAUUCAAAAUCCAUUCCUACUUUAUUUCAGGGAUGUCCGAAACCCAAAUCUUAUUUCUCCUCUUGUAAUUAGAUCUCAAGUUUGUGUUCCUCAAACUAAAUAUCGGUUCCUACCUGGAUUGAAACAGUGGUGUCAAGAAAACUGUCUCCGGUAUCCUCCAAACUGUCCAGAAGAACUUUGCACUUGUCCAGAGGAAUGCGAUGCAAUCGGUGAAUUGAAAGGUAGAAAGGGAGCGGACGUCUACUGCCAGGACAAAUGUAUCAUAUAUCCAUCCCAAUGUCCAGCUGAUCGAUGCAGUUGCUAUUAAUUUGAGAUGGAUGAUGGCCGCACUCCUCCUUUUCAGUUGCUGAGUUUUACUCGACAGGAGUAAAUUUUUACUAGAAAUAAGAAAUCGCAACUAUUACUGAUGUCUUUAUAAAAGUACAUGUUUUUGUAACAAAAUAUAUUUAAUUGUACAUUAAUUAUAAUGAAAUCUAGAACCAAUUAUAAUAUCACAUUAUUUAACAUUCCUUAAGAUUUACUGGUUACCGAGCAAUAAUUUCAUCAAACAAAUUUUAAAUCAGCAUGAAAUAAUCUUCAUAUUUUCACCAAUAUUUAAUAAAUACAUACACUGCUUCAUGUUUAAUCUUUUGUUAAAUAUAAAAAGGCUGUGUUUUUGAAAAUAUGUUUAAAAAUUUGGCUGUGUAUAGUUAAAAUCUAAUAUUUCUGGUUGGCUAAAAUAGAGAAUAAUGUUGAUUUCUUAUUAUAUUAUUUAAAAGUAAUUCUUUUUAUGAAAGUUUUUUUUUUGUUUUGGAGAAAAUUGAAUAAAAAUACAAGUAACUUUUGUCAAGAUUCAUAUUUUCAUCAAACAAAAAACUUUUUUGAGAGUGCGGUCUUGACAUUUUCUUUUUAAAAAAGUUUGUAUCAAUAGUAACUAAUUUUUUUCACCAGUGAAACUACUAGUUAAUAACAACACCCCUACCCUUAUUAAAUGUAUUGAAAUUGUAUUUCAUUAGGUUAUUUGACAGUUA